AUGGGGUGGCAGUGGAAGGGAAAGGAUGUGACGGCACAGCCGCACAGGAGGAGACGGAGCUUCUCGAGUCAAAUCCUGUCGUGGCGGCGGCAAGGCGGCGUCGGCGGCGGAGGAGAGAAUCGACGAGGAAAUCGAGGCGGCGGAGGGGUGGGAGCGAGCGACAGAGAUAAAUGUCCCUCCGGCUCCUCGGUUCUCUCCUCACACGGAGGCGGUUCUCGCCCCGCGGGAUCACCCGCGCGCAGGCGGAGUCCUCGCCGGGGAUCGUCACCCAGGCGGUCCCAGCGUCGGCGGCGGGGAUCUCUCCGCACCCUUGCUCAGUGCCUUGGUGCCGUGGGUGCGCUGGCGGGAUUGGUCGGAGUUCUGUACUUCAACAAAGAUGCAGAUGAGUCAGCUGGCGAGGAGGCCAGGAAGGAGGUGGCUGAGAGGGAGGUCGUCAAGGAGCCGUACCUUAGUCGGGAGGCAGCCAUCAAGGCAGGGUUCGUGGGCAAAGAUGGCCAAGUCAACUGGCCUGGGUACUAUGAUUACGUCAACUCUCAAACAAAUUACGGGCGGAUGCCUCUGCACAACAGAGAGGUGUCUGUUAAGGAGGCGAGUGACCGGGAAGCUGUGAAGAAGCAGGAAGACGGUGUGAUUGUGAAGGUCGAUGAGGCAACCAUGAAGGCCAGGUUUCAGGACUGGAUGGAGCAGUAUGGCUGGUCAUACAGGACUGAGAAGGAGAAGGCUCACCGCCAUAGCGGUGACUUUGACUGGGAGAGGUACAUUGAUCACAUCAACAAUAUGGCUGCUCAUGGCUGGUAUAUCGGCCGUGAAGAGUUCAGUGUCAGUGAGGCUGUGAAGCAGAGGUGCAAGGAACUAGCGACAAACCAUGCAGAAGGAAGAAGUCAAAUGGACAACAGCAAGACAGAGAAGAGGUGAUACUGAAAGUUUAAGGUUAAUCCUCCUUUUCUCCAACGUAAACCCCCCUCCCCCCAGUGUUGUACUUGAAGUUGCUUCGAUUACCAUAUUUUUGCACAUUAGACAGCUGCAAAAAUGUCUGCAACAGCCAACAGCUUUACCCUUCACAAUUUUAGAAUUUGCCAACUGCUGGAUGGUGAACAGUUAAUCCAUCCACAUAUAUCAUUGUUUCAAUAGUUCCGGGUUCUUCCCAUGAACUUGAACCGUAUCAUUCUUUAUGCAAGCAAGAGCACCAGCCUCCUUUGAAACAAUCUCAUUGCCGGACCAACUUGGGCCUGCUUCGCGCGUGCGCCGGGCAUUAGUCCAUGUGGCCAUAUACUGCUCUAGAUGCUAAUAAAGAUACUGCCUAACCUGGCCCGAUGUGUGCACGGAAUAAAAGAUUCACUAUACAUGAUUUCCCCCCUUCCCUGCCUCAAAGUUCUCUAUAACUAAGCAGCAAUAUUCGACUCACAGAGUUGGAAAACCGUAAACAUAUAUCCUGCAUGUUAGGAUUCAUAAAUUCACUUGUAGGUACCCAUACAAUAUUUGUGGCCCUUUUAUGAAACUGAAGGGGCAAGCCCCUACUGAUUAAUUAUAUAUAAGAAAUGGAAAAAAAAGUUUGUCGGAAGAGAAAACAAGAAGUUUACAAAAAAGAGAAGAAAAGGAAAAAGAAACCGAGAUACAGAAGUCUCUAGCCAUUAUUCAUAUGAGGAAAGUAACUCUUGUUUGCAUGAUGAAACAUCAGUACAAAUUCCCACUAGCUUGAAAACAGUAGAAAUGUUUAUGUGAUUGAAGAUGAAGCCAUUUCUAACAAGCCAAAUGCUCGAGGACAUCAAGAUCUCAAUCCAUGAAGAAUGGCACA